AUGUACGUGAGCUACCUCCUGGACAAGGACGGGCCCAUGUACCCCGGCCCCGUUCGCCACUCGGGGGGGCUCAACCUGGCGGCGCAGAACUUCGUGGGCGCCGCGCAAUACGCGGACUACGGAGGCUACCAUGUGAACCUCGACGGCGCGCAGUCCCCCGGGCCGGCCUGGCCCGCGCCCUACGCCGCUCCGCUCCGCGACGACUGGGGGGCCUACGGGCAGGGAGCCCCGCCGCCCGCCGCUGCCGCUGCCGCCGCCGCCGCCGUGCACGGCCUCAACGGCGGCUCCCCGGCCGCGGCGAUGGCCUACAGCCCCGCCGACUUCCACCACCACCAUCACCACCACCACCCGCACGCCCACCACCACGCCGGCCCCGCGCCGCACUGCUCGGCCGGGGGGAUGCAGCCUCUCGGCGCCGCCCCCGCCGCCGCCGCCGCCUCCGCCGCCCCCGAGCCGCUGUCCCCCGGCGGGCAGCGCCGCGGCCUCUGCGAGUGGGUGAGGAAACCGGCGCAGGCCCCGCUCAGUAGCCAAGUCAAAACCAGGACGAAGGACAAAUACCGCGUCGUGUACACCGACCACCAGCGGCUGGAGCUGGAGAAGGAGUUCCACUACAGCCGCUACAUCACCAUCCGGAGGAAAGCGGAGCUGGCCUCCAGCCUGGGGCUGUCGGAGAGGCAGGUGAAAAUCUGGUUCCAGAACCGUCGGGCGAAGGAGAGGAAGAUCAACAAGAAGAAGCUGCAGCAGGCGCAACCCGGCGCCGCGGAGCCGCUCAGCCCCUCCGCCCCCCCGCUGCCGGGCCCCGCGGCCGCCCCGCCACCCGCCGGGCUGGGCCCCGCCGCCCCCCAGUGACAGCGGCCCCGGCCGAACGCAGGGACUGCACGGACCGCGUGGGGACGGCCGGGCCGGGCCGGGGCCGGGGGACCCCGCGGACACAGCGGGAGCGGCCCCAAUGCACUGCAGCGCCGUGUGUACAGAUGUACAGUGAGCGCGUCUCGUCCGGGGAACCGCGGCCGCGGCUUUGUUGUUAUUAAUAUUAUUAUCGUUUUCUUUUGUUGUUUUUAUUUUUUUUUUAAACCCUGGUGUUUGUUAGGUGUAAGGGGAGCGCGGCACUGCCCGCCACCCCCAGUGAAUCUCAGGGAUUGGUGCGAAGGUCUGAGCGAUGCUGUUGGGCUGAUGAUG